AAUGAAAGCCAUUGAGAGUCCCAACAAAGAUGAUGACACCCAGUGGCUGACAUACUGGGUGGUGUACGGCGUGUUCAGUAUUGCAGAAUUCUUUUCUGACCUCUUCUUGUCCUGGUUCCCCUUCUACUACAUGCUGAAGUGUGGCUUCCUGUUGUGGUGCACCCCCCCCAGCCCGUCUAAUGGGGCAGAGCUGCUCUACAGGCGCAUCAUCCGUCCUGUCUUCCUGAAGCAUGAGUCCCAGGUAGACAGCGUGGUGAAGGACAUGAAAGACAAAGCCAGAGAGACCGCAGAUACCAUCACUAAAGAAGUCAAGAAAGCUACGGUGAACUUACUGGGUGAAGAAAAGAAGAGCACCUGAGCCCUGGCUGGAAGCUCCCCAUUCCACUUCCUUAGAGCCCCAUGUUACGCUAGGGACAGUGGCAUAGUCGUUGAAUAAUGUUGCCUUGGAAACGUUUUGAUGUAUUAAAAAUGGAAUGUGUUGUAAGCUGUUUUGCUUUUAUUGUCAUAUAUGUAGGGAGCGUUUUCAUUUAAAUCUAACACAGUGGACAAUAUCUAAAAAUUUUUAAAUAUUUUGCUGAGUAGGAAGACAUGUUACUACUUUCUAGGAAGUACAAACUGAGAUAGGAAAUCUGAGUCCGUAAGCCCUUUGCUCUGCGGGGCUCACCCUGCAUGCAUUUUCUUGUACUGACAACUAGGAACUCUUAUGAUUCUGCUGUAUGUGGCGUAUGAUUUCAUAUAGUUCUGUGUUUUAGUGUAUUUGUGCAUACGUAUAAAUGUAUAUAUAUACACAGGAGAAUGCUGUUUGGCUAGAACAUGCAUAGAGCUUGAGAGAGAGAGGCCAGGAGAAGGGUGUGUAUGCCACCUGUAACCUGCUAAGGCUGAAGGUGCUGUUCUGAUGGUGUAAGCUUCCAAGGAACAUUGGAGAAAACCAGUGCCAGUGAGUUAUACACAGACAAACACAGUAAGACACGAUGCAGAAGGGAAGUUGGCUGUGUUUUGUUCUGAAUAUCAAUGCUGAAUGCCAGGACAGCCUGUUGAGUAGGUAGCCACACCAGUGAUAAACAGGCAAAUAAAUGCACACACCAGUGGUCAACUCCUGUUCCCUUCAGAAACAGUAAUGCCAUCUCACCUGCUUUAGAUCCGUCUGGUUUUGAGAUGCUGAGAUGUCAACCAUUCCUGCUUUAUCUUCAAAACUGGUAACAAGUUGCCCUAGUCCCUCUCCUUCCCAUGUUCUUUAAGCCCAAUUCAAGGCACCUCUGGUUUCAGUUUCUUCACAGUGAUUCUGCAGGAAACACACUGCUACUUCCUGCGGUGGAAGUGGAUGUUCGUGGGAGAAGUUCUGAAUUGCCUUCUGCCUGCCUGUCCUCCCCAAAUAAAAUAGUGUUGAGAAUGAAUUGAGCCUGUGUCUGGCUGGAAGCAAAGCAUCUAUUUGCAUCUGAGUGGAUCUCAACUUACAUGUAAACUUACAGAAUUCCUACUAAACUUUCAGUGUUCCAAAGAGUUCUUGCAGCAAUUAUUUCCCUAAUUCAGUCAUUCAGGUCAGCAUUACUGCUAUUUUGGGAAAAGAGUCCUCUAUCCAUACCUGUAGAAAAUGCUCAUAGCUUUAAGUAAGUACCGCCUGUCCUCAAGAUGUGAUACACCAAAUAGAAAUUGCUGUGCUGCAGUCCCUUCUUCUGUGUUCCCAGACUCUUGGUUGCCUGAAACUGGAAGAGUACUGAACUCUGUUGGACUGUUUCCUGUGCAUCUGUGACAAUGUUUAUUGAUUGAUCAAAGCAAGAAUUAGGAUAGAGAAGAAUUAUGGCAAUACGCUAUAAUAAAGAUUAUGUUUAUCUGGUCUCUCAAAGUA